UUUUAGAUAAAAAACAAAUCAAUAGACAACUUAUAAAGGUAUGCCAAAAUAAGCUCAAAUGAAUGGGACAGUCUUGUGUGAGACCUCUGAGAUUUCUUCACCUCCGGUCAGCAAACACUCGCCGGUUCUCGGCAGCCGCCACUGAGCUUUCAAUUCUAUGUUCUCAAGGUUACGUAAAAGAAGCUUUCAACAAGUUCUCUUUCUUAAUAUGGGACAACCCAUCUCAUUUCUCUUACCUUUUACAAGCAUGCAUCCAAGAAAAGUCCUUUUCCCUCACCAAACAGCUGCAUUCUCUCAUAGUAACAUCUGGGUGUUUCAGGGACAAGUUUGUUUCCAAUCACCUGCUUAAUGCUUACUCAAAAUUGGGUCAGCUAGAUAUUGCAGUUUCACUGUUUGAUAAAUUGCCUAAAAGAAAUGUCAUGUCUUUUAACAUUUUGAUUGGUGGGUAUGUUCAAAUUGGCGAUUUGGAAAGUGCCUCUAAGGUGUUUGAUGAAAUGGGUGAGAGAAAUUUGGCUUCUUGGAAUGCUAUGAUUACUGGGUUGACUCAGUUUGAGUUUAAUGAGAGGGCGUUGAGUUUGUUUUCGCAGAUGUAUGGGUUUGGUUACUUGCCUGAUGCAUUUACUCUUGGAAGUGUUUUAAGAGGUUGUGCUGGUUUGAAGGAUUUGAAUAAGGGCAGACAGGUUCAUGGUUGUGGAUUGAAAUUGGGCUUACAGGGCGAUUUUGUUGUUGCAAGUUCGUUGGCACACAUGUAUAUGAGGUCUGGUAGCUUAAGAGAGGGAGAGAUUGUGAUCAUGUCGAUGCCAGAUCAAACUAUGGCAGCUUGGAAUACUCUUAUUGCUGGUAGGGCUCAGAAUGGGUGUUUCGAAGGUGCAUUGGAGCUGUAUAAUUUGGUGAAAAUCGCUGGGUUUAGACCGGAUAAGAUAACGUUUGUUAGCGUGAUCAGCUCGUGUUCAGAGCUGGCUACAAUAGGACAGGGGCAGCAGAUUCAUUCUGACGUUAUAAAAACUGGUGCAAUUUCUGUGGUUGCAGUUGUAAGUUCCUUGAUUAGCAUGUAUUCAAAAUGUGGGUGUCUAGAUGAAGCUGAAAAGAUUUUCGAGGAAAGGGAGGAAGCUGAUAUUGUUUUAUGGAGUGCUAUGAUUUCUGCUUAUGGGUUUCAUGGGAUGGGAAAGAAUGCUGUUGAGUUGUUUCAUCGUAUGGAGCAGGAAGGACUAGCACCUAACCAUAUUACUCUCUUGAGUUUGCUCUAUGCCUGUAGUCAUAGUGGGAUGAAGGAUGAAGGGCUUGAAUUUUUCGACUUGAUGGUGGAAAAGUACAAUGUGGAGCCUCAACUGGUGCACUAUACAUGUGUGGUUGACCUCCUAGGAAGAGCAGGCUGUUUGCAGGAGGCUGAAGCUCUUAUUAGAUCUAUGCCUGUGAAGCCAGAUGGUGUCAUAUGGAAGACGUUGCUGUCGGCCUGUAAAAUUCAUAAAAAUGCAGAUAUGGCUAGAAGCAUAGCUGAAGAAGUUUUGAGGAUUGAUCCUGAGGAUUCUGCUUCAUAUGUGCUCCUUGCUAAUGUUCAAGCAUCUGCUAAAAGAUGGAAGAGUGUUUCUGAAGUGAGGAAAUCAAUGAAGGAUAGGGGAGUAAAGAAAGAACCAGGAAUAAGCUGGCUGGAGUUGAAGAACCAGGUUCACCACUUUAUUAUUGGUGAUAAAUCUCAUCCACAAUCGGACGAGGUUGAUGUAUACUUAAAGGAAUUGAUUGCAGAACUGAAGUUAGAGGGCUAUGUUCCUGAUACAGGAUCCGUUUUGCAUGACAUGGAAUUAGAGGAAAAAGAGUAUAACUUGGUCCAUCACAGUGAAAAAUUAGCCAUUGCUUUUGCGCUGAUGAACACCCCGGAGGGUUUUCCAAUCAGGAUAAUGAAGAAUUUACGAAUUUGUGGUGAUUGUCACAUGGCUAUUAAGUACAUAUCCCAGAUGAAAAAACGAGAAAUAAUUGUACGCGAUUCCAGUAGGUUUCAUCACUUCAAAGAUGGCUGUUGUUCUUGUGGAGAUUAUUGGUAAGGAGGUUACAUUUGACAAUCUUACUGUAAGUUAUAGACAUCCCCCUUUUCACUCAGAGCCUGUUUUUGAACCAUUAUUCCUCCAUUACUUGUAACAUUAUUCAAAACUUGAAAGAGAUUCUAUAAAUUUCCAUUCAUAUUGAAA